AUGGACUCUGGUGAGGCUGACCUCACUGAGCUUUUUGCGCAGCACAAUUUCUUCCAACGAUAUCGUCACUACAUCCAGUUUGAUUUCCUGACCACGGAGGAGGAGAUCAUGGAUGAGUGGCUCAGCUGGGGCCAGACGCAGAUCCAGGAACUGCUUCAGCAUUGCGAGUCCAUGAACGACAACAAGGUGACUCUUCGACCCUGGCCCUGCCUGGUUGACUUCAAGGAUGGCGACUGGCCACAUGCGAGGGCGAUCUUCAUCGGCAUCCACCGCCAGCGGAUGGAGGGGGAGGAUGCGGCAGCCAAGCAGGUCAUCGACUUCCGAGAGAUCAUGGUGAAGUUCUUGGUCAAGAUCAGCGCAUGGCCCGAGGCCGAACGCUACGAGAACCAGCUCCCCG